AUGGCUAACAAUAACAUCCAUACUACAACAAACAACUUGACAAACUUGUCAAGUUACUUCCAUUCCCUUUGCCAAACUCCUCAAAGGCUUAGAAAAAGAAUGCUAGCCACUUGGACCCCAGACCAAGAACUCAACCAAGUGAGGCAAAGGUCUGGGGCAGACAUGAAGAGGAAUCUCAAAUGGUAUGAUCUUGUAGCUCUUGGGCUUGGAGGAAUGCUAGGUGUUGGUGUGUUUGUCACAACUGGCUCUGUAGCCCAUCAUCAAUCUGGUCCAUCAGUUUUCAUAUCCUAUAUUAUAGCUGGACUUUCAGCUCUUCUAUCCUCUUUUUGUUACACUGAAUUUGCUGUUCAAGUCCCAGUAGCUGGUGGUGCUUUCAGUUAUUUAAGAUUAACCUUCGGAGAAUUUGUGGGAUACUUUGCUGGGGCAAAUAUACUAAUGGAGUAUGUGUUCUCAAAUGCUGCUGUAUCAAGGAGUUUCACAGAGUAUUUGAGCUUUGCAUUUGGAGAAAAUGAUCCAAACGUGUGGAGAGUGGAAAUGCAUCAUUUGCCAAAAGACUAUAACAUGUUGGAUUUCCCAGCCGUGGCUCUUAUUUUUCUUCUCACUCUCUGCUUGUGUCAUAGUACCAAGGAAAGCUCCAUAUUGAACUUCAUCAUGACAGUCUUCCAUGUGAUUUUCUUUGGAUUUAUCAUUGUGGCUGGUUUUUGCAAUGGAAGUGCCAAAAACUUAGUCAGUCCAAAAGGACUAGCACCUUUUGGUGUUAGGGGUGUUGUAGAUGGAGCAGCUAAAGUCUACUUUAGCUAUAUAGGCUAUGACUCAGCUUCAACCAUGGCAGAGGAGAUCAAAGAUCCUUCUAAGAGCCUGCCAAUUGGAAUUGUGGGUUCAGUUCUUAUAACCACUCUGCUUUAUUGCCUAAUGGCUCUAUCUUUGUGUAUGAUGGUUCCUUACAACAAGAUAUCAGAUAAAGCAUCAUUUUCAAUCGCUUUUGUUAAGAUUGGAUGGAUGUGGGAGAGCAAAGUUGUCGGGGCAGGUGCAAGUUUGGGUGUAGUGGCUUCUCUCUUGGUUGCCAUGCUAGGCCAAGCUAGAUACCUUUGUGUUAUAGGAAGGGCCCGUUUAGUGCCAUCUUGGUUAGCCAAAGUGCACCCUUCAACAGCCACCCCAUUGAAUGCCACAAUCUUUUUGGGAGUUUGCACAGCAAGUAUCGCGCUUUUCACUGAGCUUGACAUUAUAAUUGAGUUGGUCAACAUCGGCACGCUCUUGGUGUUCUACUUGGUGGGCAAUGCUCUAAUAUACCGUCGAUAUGUAAUCACUAGUCAUACCCCACCUUUGCACACACUCUUGUUCCUAUUACUCUUUUCACUUAGUGCUCUAGGCUUCUCCCUUUCGUGGAAAUUCAAUCAGCAAUGGUGGGGUCUGCCAUUGUUUGGUGGUUUCAUGAUCACCGUCACAGCUUUUUUCCAACACAAAGUGCCUCUUAGCCAUGCCCAAGAUGCUGAUUGGUGUGUGCCAUUCAUGCCUUGGCCAGCUGCCCUUUCAAUCUUUCUCAAUGUUUUCCUCAUGGCCACACUGAAAUUCCUCUCUUUCCAAAGGUUUGCUAUGUGGGCAUGUUUCAUUACCAUCUUCUAUGUCCUCUAUGGUGUUCACUCCACUUAUCAAGCUGAAGAAAUUGAGAUGGGUGUUACUGUUAAUCAGGUGAAUUCAACUACAUGCAACUUACAAAGUAAGGUAGAAGUUUAA